AUGACUUGUAGAGUUUCGCAUGACCUCUUCGCAGCGCUCAUUCCUGUUUCUCUCAAAUCAUCUUCCUUUCGAUGUGUAUUCGCUAUUGCAUUCCCUGUUCAUAUUAAUCCCUUUGCUUUGCAUUUGCCACCUGCAGUUACUGCAUUUUUCUUCUAUUUCCGGAAAACUUGCUCAUUCGCAAUCCCGUGUAUCAUUGAUCCUCUGCCCGCCGUGCUGGCUUUUUCACAACAGCAUCUAUCUUCCAUGCUUUCGUUCUUCCUUCUUCCAUCAUAUUCUUCCGCGAUAUAUCUUAGAUUCUUCACCACCUUACUCAUGACGAAACAGCAGCAAUGGAUUCAUGCGAACGCAACGCUGACUGGGCACAUGCACCGACACUGCAAACCUAUUCUUCGAGUCCGAUACGCACGGUAUGGUCACGAUAAGGCACUUUUAUGUCGAGCAGGCACAUUUUCGCAUUGGUGUAACGCGUUAUAG